CGCCGUCGUGCUCGCUGGAAGAAGCCGCGAAACGUGAGAGAUCGGGAACGUCGAGUGGGAGCGGCGGGGUGGAGGGGAGGGGCAAGGAGAAGGGAGAUACGAGGUAACCGCGAGCACGAUCAGCUGGUUGAGUACCGGGAGGUGAGACACGAGAUGUUCAUCAUACAGAGGUCGAUAUUAUCGUCCCGAAAUGGCGCGGGCACGUGGGCCAGGGCACUUCCGCCUUCCCAUCCCGCGGUCAAGGACGUACAGCAAAAGGAGAUUCACGAGAUUGCCGGUGACAUCGUGCCCAUCAACAUGGUCAAAGGUAUCGGGCAUCUUAGAGAUCCACGACUCAACAAGGGUCUCGCUUUCAGUCUUCAGGAAAGAAUAUCCUUAGGUAUUCAUGGCCUUCAACCACCACGAUUCAAAACCCAAGAGGAACAGCUCGCCCUUUGCGUCGCCUCAGUCAUGAAGUACACCGAAGAUCUCAAUCGUUACCUUUACCUCGUCGAGUUACAGGAAAGAAACGAGCGUCUGUUCUUCCGGCUGCUGAGUGAAAACAUCGAGCAAAUGAUGCCAAUCGUGUACACCCCAACGGUCGGACUGGCUUGUCAAAAAUUCGGUGUAAUUUACCGAAGACCACGAGGACUUUUCAUAACGAUCUAUGACAAAGGUCACAUAUAUGAGAUUCUGAACAAUUGGCCGGAACAAUCGGUACGCGCGAUAUGCGUCACCGAUGGUGAGAGAAUUUUGGGCCUGGGCGACCUCGGUGCCUGCGGCAUGGGGAUCCCCGUCGGUAAAUUGGCCCUGUACACGGCCCUCGCUGGUAUAAAACCGCAUCAGUGUCUUCCAAUCACAAUUGACGUUGGUACCAACAACGAACAACUGCGCGACGAUCCGCAUUACAUCGGUCUGAAUAAACCUCGCAGCCAAGGAGCCGAGUACGACGAGCUUAUCGACGAAUUUAUGGCCGCUUGCGUCAAGAAGUACGGCCAGAAUGUGCUCAUCCAGUUCGAAGACUUCGGUAACCACAACGCAUUCCGUUUCCUCGACAAAUAUCGUGAUAAAUAUUGCACGUUCAAUGACGACAUACAAGGAACCGCAGCGGUUGCAGUAGCGGGCAUUCUCGCUUCGAAAAGAAUAACCAAGAGGAAAAUGUCGGACAACAAGUUCGUCUUUUUGGGUGCUGGUGAGGCUGCCAUCGGGAUAGCGGAUUUGUGCGUGAAAGCCAUGGAAGCUGAUGGCUGCACGGAGCAACAAGCGAGGAACAACAUUUGGAUGAUGGACAUCGAUGGGCUCCUGACGAAGAGUCGCAAAGACGGUAAUCUCGAUGGCCACAAAGUUUGGUACGCCAAGGAUCAUUCAUCGAUGAAAAAACUCGUCGACGUCGUCAGAGAAAUCAAACCUACCGUGCUGAUUGGCGCGUCUGCUGCCGCGGGUGCAUUCACCCCCGAAGUCCUCCAAGAAAUGGCCAAGAACAACGAGCGACCGUUGAUCUUCGCGCUCAGUAAUCCAACCAGCAAAGCCGAAUGUACCGCGCAGCAGGCUUACGACAAUACGGAGGGCCGCUGCAUAUUCUCAUCCGGAUCUCCCUUCGGCGAGGUUAAAUAUGGCGGUAAAAUCUACAAACCGGGACAAGGAAAUAACGCGUACAUAUUCCCGGGUAUCGCGCUUGGCGUGAUUGCCACUGGGGUUCAUCAUAUUACCGAGGAAUUGUUUCUGAUAUCGGCUCAGGCUGUUGCCGAUCACGUUACGGACGAGGAUCUCGCCGCAGGAAGCCUUUAUCCACCUCUCAACAUCAUUCGCGAAUGUUCAAUCGAUAUUGCUGUUCGAAUUGCUGAUUACGCGUAUGGACAGUGUGGUUUGGCGAGCGAGUACCCCGAGCCGAAGGACAAACGCCAAUUCAUUGUCAACAAAAUGUACAAUGCCAACUACGACAGUCCACUGCCAAACCUGUACGACUGGCCCGGCGAUUACGCCAAACCUCGUAAAAUUCCCGAGAAGCUACCUGACUGGUCGUGGACAGAUGAUAACCUCCAGAAACAAAACUUUGAAAACCCAUCCAAGAAUUAUUUCAAUACCCUCGAAUCGACCUGAGUACCAAAUAACAAUUUUGAAAAUCAAGAUGAAGAGAAUUCCCAGCCACCGAAUAUGCCCAGACUUGAGGAUUUACUGUUUUCGGAUUAUGACGUGUUGGCGAGUCGAAACAAAGGGAUGACGGUUUUCCCAUACGCAAAAGCGCGCUAGAUUGAAAGAAUUUUGAUUUUUCCGCAACAAUUCCAUACGACGUCAUUGAUUUGAUCUUUUUGUGCUAUAAAAAUACGAGAAAAUUAAAGGAAAUUUAAAGUGAAAAGGAAAACGAAAUCGGGGCACAGAGCCCUCCAGAGCGAAAAAUAGUAGUCAUAAAUGUUUAGCCUUCGAGUUAAGUAUCAUUCAUUUCAUCCCGUAUCGAUAACGUACUUAUUUAUUUUGUAUUUAACGAAAAUCAGUCAUGCCCGACCGUACUUGUAACAACUCUGAAGUUAUUUCUUGUCUGAAAGAAGUGAUAGAAAAAUGAAGAAAUUGCCAAAACGGUACUCAUCACUCACUAAAAAAAAAACGAGAAAAAACAACAACGACCAAAUGUCUUCAUCGAAUCGUCAACGUUCAUCAUCCACUACGAUUGAAUUUUGCCAAACUCCGAGAGCAGCGACGACAGAUACUACAGAACACGGUCGAUGUAUAGAAAAAUUCAAUUCCCCCUCCCACGUUAUUUUAUGCGAUUUUCUGACAGCAGUAUUUUUUCUACGACAGAAGAAUGAGUCGUUUUUGAAAUUUUUCAAUUGUCUAGAUGGGAUGUAUUUAUAAAUGGCAAAAAGUGACAAACGCGAGUCACACUUUCUUGUCUUUUUUUCCGUCGAAAGAUCUUUUUUUACAAUGAAAUAAACACCUGUACCGUUAUCGUUGUUACAACAUCGAUUAAUAAGAUUUAUACUGAAAAAAAAAUAGAGUUCGCAUAUAUUUACAGUUCGCAUAAGCGAAUUACAUCCACGAAGAGCUCUAUACACGUUCAAAACUAUACUAUUUUACUCGUUUGUGAUGAACUCUAUUUUUUCGUGUUCCGUUCCUUGCGGCAUUCGCACCUGUUGACAGAUGUUUAAUGCGCGGGAAGCGCAUUUUUUUGAAAGUACAUGUACAUUGAUAAUCGCUCGAGCGAUUUAACGACCUAUAAUCUGAUUAGGAUUUGUUGCUGAAUCGCGAAACUAUGUUUCGAUGUUCGGAAUAAAUGAAAUGUGGUGAA